AUGUCUAGCUCGGUGGAGCUGUCUCUCUUUCCAUCCUGUUUUGGGGCCCUUGACUGGUCCCCAGACGGAGAACUUGCCGUGGCCGCGGGUGAUCAAGUUCAGAUAUUGACAUGGAGACCUGCGAACCACAAAUCAGAACAAGGAGACCACAAUGGCUGGCAAAUUACCCGCAUUCCAAAGGUCAAUGUCUUCACGGUUGCUGAGUGGGGCAUGAUUUACCCGCAAAACCGAGAUAACUUCUCCAUCGCCGUGGAACAGUCACCUAGUUCCGUGAUAGGACUUUCAUGGUCACCACCAGGCCUAGCUCGGUACCGAAGGAGUGUCUUGGCCAUCUGGACCUCCAACCUGAUUCUUUCCCUCUGGGAACCGGUUGGAAUUAAUGGCCAGUGGACUCGGGUCUGCAUAGUGAACCACGCACUUCAGCCGAAUCCAGGAUCUCAAGAUAUCGGUGGUCUUGACCUUCGCAGGGCAAGCAUCCGCUCUUUCCAUUGGUGCUCGCCACUGCAAGUUUCCGCCGACGGGCCUGAAUCAGCAACAGCACCCGAGUCUCGCUGGGGUGUCCAGAUGCUGGCCAUCGCAAAUGAUGCUAAUGAGGUGGCUCUACUUCGGGUACACCGGCCAAGUGGAUUGCAAGCUUCAUCAGAUGCAUACAUAAUAACCAAGUUGACUGCCUGCCCCUUGAAUGGAGUUGACAAGCAGUUUCCAAUGGCUAGCUCUGGAUCACUCUUGCAAAGUGCGCUUCGAUCCAAAGCGCGGAUCACCUCAGUCAUGUGUGGUCCGUGGCUUAACUUACCCACAUUGGACAAUGGUCCUGUGCACUCCGCAAGGACACUGGUUGCAGUCGUUUAUGGAACAGAGCUCCGGAUUCUACAGGCCACUGUUGCGCUAGGGGGAGUCCGACCACGAAGUGGAAGUUACACCACGAUACGAAGCAAUGGUCCCCUCGAAUGGUUACAUACGAGCCAGUCCGAAAUGAUUGUUCUCGCAGUGGGAAUGAUUGGUGGUGUUCUCGCACUUUCCUUUCCUCGGUCCGUGUGUGAUGGCAGUGAGACAGAUAUUGCUGGGAUCAAGACUCAAGAAUGGCCUUGCUCAUCCUUGCCUACUCCAGAGGGCGAAUCAUUUCCUCGGAAUCUGGAGCACGUUUCAAGCUUAUUGACCACUCUAGCCGAACAACAUAACACAUGUACUCUUCAAAUGGGCACAUUGGGUGGCUUAGGGACUAUCAUUACCAUGAAUCAAUCCAGUGCUCUUGGACCGUGGCAAGUUCCACUCUGGAUGAAAGUGGUCGAAGAAUUCCGAGAAGACUACGAUCUGGAUCGUGAUCUGGGAGGAUACACCGCAGCCCGUGUUUGGGGUUUAUCAACGUACCGCGGUCUAACUGCGGCUCUCUUCACAAGACAUCCGACAGAUAUGGUUGAAUACCGCGUUGCCUCUAACGAGAGAGCAACCAUCAUAUUCACGAAUGAAAAUACACUGGAGGCCCCGGAUUUCAGCACCUUGUUCGCACCACAUACGGUGGAUAGCGAACCGCAAUUCGCUCGCGAUCAACGAGAAAAGGCCAUUUCGUCGGUACUUGCCAGCGGUGAACAGGAUAUGGGAUCAAAUGAAGAGGAUGAAAAGCUCGUCUACGCUGCAGCGUGCUGCGCUAUAGUGGAUGGACACAAUGACUCCAUUCGCGCCCAAGCUCGAAAGUCCUUAGAGCGAUUGGCAAAUAGCACAGGGGCGGAUCUGAGCGACGAAAUUUCCAAAUGUAGCCUUGAAUCCUCAACCAUCUUGGCCAAGUCAAUUGAUCAGCAAACAAUGCCCGGCGGUCAUUUGUUCGAAUAUUGUGAGAUCUGCGAAACAGGCCUUGCGUGGGAUUCUGUGAACGAAGCGCAAUGUGCAAAUGGGCAUCUCUUGGUACGCUGUGGACUGAGCUUCAUGGCAAUACAGGAGCCUGGUAUAUCCAAGUAUUGCCCAAUUUGCCGAACGGAGUAUUUCGACGAGGAUCUUCUUGCCCGCGUGCGCAAAGGUCAUGUUGGCCCAAAGUUCAUGCGGCUUUUUGAAUCGUUUGAUACGUGCAUCUUCUGCGACAUGAAGUUUCAGGCUAGUGUUUAG